AUGCCUAGCACUUCUGGUUUCGUCCUCCUGGCUUCCCUCUUUCUUGCCACUACCGCUCAGUACAGCGCUACCUACCUCCCUUCGAAUGCGCCCCCAACCACUGAAGAGGGCCAGGUCGGGACCAACCAGUGUGGGACUGCGCUGAACCAGACUUCUAUGUGCCAAAAUGCCUAUAUUAACUCCCUCACUGAUUUCUGCAUAUGGGCUCCUCCAAACCCAGGUCCUGAUUCUGUCAUCGGAAAUACUGAACGUAUCGAGGUUGCUUGGUGCCUCAAGAACGGAACUGGUGCCCGAUUAAUUCCGGAUGGCGCGAUUACAGGCGCUCACUUCGUACAGACACCAGAUUAUGUUCAAGUCACCGGCACUGGCGAUUUAACACUCCUUAACAUCCCUGCGGGGGAUGCGGGCGGAGAGUUAGAUCCGCAUGGAGCAGAUGGAAACGGUAACCCUAUCGGCGGCCUGGUAUUCUCUACGGCUUUUGGACCUAUACAGCAGAUUUUCGAAUGGACGAACUUCGUCGCUGCGAACCAGUUCUGCUUCCGUGCGUGCAAGCCAGGCCCCAAUGCUGCUGCUCUCUGUGAGCAUAUUUAUGAUAUCAUGGGUUGCGCGUGGAACAUGCCAGGCAACUACGACACGGGAUUCGAUACCUGCAAAGGGGAUAGCGGCGAGCCUAUGGGUGUUUAUGGGGCUUCAACGUUCCAUCAAGGAGACGCCGUAACGCCUCCAGCUCACCCCGCCCCGUCUUCUUCGUCUUGCGUGACCACGAGCACCAUCGGUAACGGCUUCCACAUCUCUGGUACCAGCAUUUCCACCCCCGCAGCGGUCGUCACUCCAACGAGCGGAGCUGCAUCGGGGUCGGGCGCAACGCCUAAGCCCUCUGCGACGUCUUCGACGUCUCAUGCGAGUGCGUCGGGCACGAGUUCAGGUGCUUCUCGUACGUUGUCGACCGACAACUGGGAGCGUGCCGUCAUCACUGUUGGGUCAGCUGUGAUCCUUUCUAUCAUUGGUGGCUUGCUGGUUCUUUGA